UUGUGCCCUGUUAAGGUGUGCUAUGCUGGUGUGUGUCUCACGGAUCGCGAAGUUACGAACACGAAACAGGCACGAAUUACCAAUGGAAUCAAAGACACCAGUCUUUUCCCAGGGUACGAAGUAUCGGGUAUUGUUGAGUCAUUUGGUGAGGAUGCGAAGGCCGCUGGAUUCGAUUUGAAAAUUGGAGACAAGUUCUCUGGAGGAGUUUCCGGAGGGAGACGAGUUCAUGGUGAUGGUGGCGUUUUGAUGUCAUCCGGGAGUGGGGACUCGACGGGAGCUGUUAGAAAAUAUGCCGUUGAAGUGGCGGAGCGGACGAAGGAGGAGGAGGAGGAUUGCGCUUUGACCAGUCUCGAUUGGCUUAUCACGUACAAAUUACCAGAGGAGGAUUCAUCGUACCAGCGCCUUGUCUACUUUAUUCCUAGCAAAACAGACUUGGCCGUUGAGGGCGGUUAUUACGGGCAAAUGGACCAGUAUAAAACGCAGCAUUUGAAUAGGAAGGUGAUUGUGUGGCCUACAGAUGAAAUGUGCCAGCGCGGCUAUGCGGACUACGUCACGGUGCCCACACUGCAGUUCCUGAUCAAGAUUCCGGAAACUCUCUCGAUGCAUGUUGCAUCCAUCCUUCCUGCUGGUGCUACUUGGGCUCUUUCCGCAGUCAUCCAGGCGCGCCCCAUUGUUGAAGCAUUCUCGCAGUCAAAAGGAUUCUGCAACAUUCUGAUUGUUGGUGCAGGCGGCCUCGGCCUUUGGUUACUCAAACUGGCAAAGCAUUUUCUUUCGGGUCAUCAGGAACGAAAAAUCAAGAUUAUGGUUGCAGACGCUCGUGAAGAACGUCUUUGUCUUGCCGAGCGUAAUGGAGCGGACUUUGUGGUCCAUUGGGAUGAUUCCGAAUUCGAGGAAUACCUCAUUAUGAGAACGAAGGAUGUGGCACGCACUGGUGUUCAGGUUGUAUUCGACUUCGUCACCUCACCACGCACUGUCACUCGUUCGCUGAAGUGCCUUGCCGAGGGUGGAGUAUUGUUUGUUGGCGGACUGUCAGGUCUGGAUGUCCAGCUUCCAAUCAAGCUGGUUGCUCGUAAUCGUCUUGCAAUCAUGGGAGUUACGCGUGGUUCCAUUGAACAACUCAAGAAUCUUGUUUGUCUUAUCGCUGGAGGACAAAUUGAUGCGCCAGAUUAUAGAGUGUAUCCGGUCAAUCAAGCAUCCCAGGUACUGAAGCAGCUGAGCAUGUCUGAAGUGGAGGGCCGUGCUAUUCUGGAAGUGUGUGACCCGAACACGGCGUUGGAACCAGUCGCAAACCCGUGA